AUGCCUGCCCGAUCGGUACUCCCAGCUAGUGUGUUGGCAUUGGUGGUUCACCCUGAGAUGAGCAGCGGCUUCUCGCAUCCGUUCCUGACGCGCCAGAGGGUCCAAAAGUCGGACCUGUGGGUCUCUGGCGAUGACACCUCGUUGACAAACUUUGGCGGCACAAACGUGGAGCACUUUGGGUCGUGGCAGUACACCUUUCUGGAAGUCUCCAGCUCCAUCUCCUUGGCCUUGAACCGGCCUACCAGGUCCGGGACACCCUCGGCAGUAUUAGUGGGAGCAGGGACAGCGCGCCACAUUGAUAAAGUCAAACUCGUCGCCGCAACCGGUGCAAUUCCUCCUUGGGCGCCGCUUAACAACGCGGCGAGUGCCCCACAAGGAAGAUUCCGCCUCAGGGAGCUCAUGGUCCUGGUCUUGGUUAUCUUCCACUGGCUCUUCCCGGUCGGUGACGUAGAGGAGCUUCAGCUUGUCGACGAGCUCGUCGUCGAGCUGAGCAUCCCGCUGUGCCUGCUCUGGGUCGAGGCACCUGAUUGUGUCAGCAUCUUUGGUCACGGCCUCAGCAAUACUUUCGCACAUGGUUCGAUCGGACGCAAGAACUGCUUGUGUUGCGAGUUCCUUUCGGAAGAACUCCGUGGCGAUGGCAAUAUCAGGGGGCCCGUCGUCUUCCCGGCCCUUGCCCUUUAUUCCGGACUUUAG